AUGACGCCGUCCUCACAGCAGAGGAUCAUGAUCACUCGAUGCACACCACCAUGUCGGCCUUUUCGGCGGCCAAGACUUCCGAUAAUUCGACCAUCCCACAAACAAAGAAAGCUCGACAUCAUCGACGGCCUUCCCCGCUUCGCGAACGCACACGAAGCAGGACUGCCGCAGCACCUUUCCACGCGAGCAACUAGCUCAGGUUGCUAUGUCGGAAGCAGCAAAAUUUGCGGUGCCGAUGCGAUUUUCUGUGAUACCGAGGUAGCCUUGCGCGCACAUGAAGACUCUAUUUUCCACAACAAGCAAGCAGACAGCAGCGAAAUUGCGCGGGACACAUCCUUGCGUGUUGAUCGGCUGCAGCGCAUUGGACGAGAACCCCGCGGUACACGAAGGAUGCCUACUGUACGAGUCGGACAACUUGGUCCGCCGAGCCCAUAG